UGUACAGUUUUAAACUCUGUCUCGGCAAACUACUUUGAAUCCCUUACCUUUUACAAAACACCUAAAGUUUAUUUUACUGAAUAUUUAGCUUAAUCUUUUGUUUGUCCUGUUUUGAAAUACGUGUAAUUACAAAACCGAUUAAAACAGGACGUCUGAUGAAUGGUAAUGUUUUGUUCAAUAACGAAAGAGCUAGAACAUUUAAUGAGCAAGCAACCGAACUCAAAAGAGAUUUAUCCACUAGCUCCUCCCUCCAGCCGACGUGCACAUUCUGAUGGUGCCUGAUUACAGGCUGCGCGAGGACUUUCAUGUGGAUGCUCCCAGUUACUUGCAGACUUUGGGGAAUCACUUCCUGGAGUCCGCCGCAGACAGCGAGCUCUGGCUGUGCUCAUCACCUACUCAAACCCGGCGAGUGGGGGCGGACAGGCGGGCGGAGCCACGCUUUGGAAGUGACGCCCGGAGUUGCGCAGGCAACGCCGUGCGAGGGAGGCUCCCUCGGCUGCGCCCGCCCGGGCCAGGCCCCUCGGUCAGGCCCGCCCCACUCGGCUACUCCACCCGCUCGGGGCCUCGGCUGCCGGCCCACGCCCGAGAUUUAAGGUCCACUAGUUUUACGCUUGACACCAGUGACUUUUUCUCCGCCUCUGGCUGGGACGUUUGGGGACUUGGCUCGCACUCGGUGAGUUUUGCUGUAACUCCCGCUGAAAUUAACCUGCUCGCGAAGGCCCCCAGAAGCUCAAGCCGCGAGUGUUGUGACAAAAGACUCGCCUGCCUGUCAACCAAGAUGAUCAGAGAACUCCCACCCAGUCCGAACUCACUGCUCGUGAAUAACUGCUGCUUGUAAUGCCGGGUGGGCCGGGAGUCUCAACAGACGCUGCUGUGGGUGUAACGUGCACCGAGGUCCAGAUUCCUUCCAGAUUGCAGCAGUGUCUACCUCUGAAACAUCUCUGAAGUCUUCCUCAGCAUCCUGCCUGUGGCCCCCUUCACAAUCACAGUUCAUGUUCACGGAAAGAGCCACGUGGUGUAGCUGUAUGAAGCUGUGCACAGAAUUUGAUGAAGAAUGCCAGGCUGGAAGAACUUCGAUGUGCCAGUGCCCUCCUAUAGUGUGUUCUGUUCUUUUGCAAUCCCAGGGAAGAUGGUGUUAGAGAAGAAUAUUGUGUGAAAUAAGAUCUUUUCUCAUUUUGUAUGACCAACAUGUAUUAAUACAGACAUCUCUUCUACAGAAUACAAAGUUCUAUAGUUUUGAAGAAGCAAGCUCCCAUUUAUAACAGACCUAAGUGGACAUGAGAAUGUUUGUUAGUGGCAGGAGAGUCAAAAGAUGGCAGUUUUUUCAGUUAUUUGCCACUUGUUUUAUAUUAAGCUUCAUGGUUUUUUGGGGACCACUCGAAAAUUCUAUUGUGAACCACAUGAAGUCCUACUCUUACAGAUACCUCAUAAACAGCUAUGACUUUGUGAAUGAUUCCCUUUCUCUUAAGCACAGUUCAGAGCAGUCCCACUACCCGUACUUGAUUAAUCACAAAGAGAAGUGUCAAGCUCAAGAUGUCCUCCUUUUAUUGUUUGUGAAGACUGCUCCUGAAAACUAUGACCGGCGUUCUAUAAUCAGAAAGACUUGGGGUAACGAGAAGUAUGUUCAGUCUCAACUUAACGCCAACAUCAAAACCCUUUUUGCCUUAGGAACUCCGGGUCCACUGAAGGGAGAACUGCAAAACAAACUGAUUAGGGAAGAUCGGGUAUACAAUGAUAUAAUCCAGCAAGACUUCGUUGAUUCUUUCUACAAUCUUACUUUAAAAUUACUUCUUCAGUUCAGCUGGGCAAAUACCUUCUGUCCACAUGCCAAAUUCCUGAUGACUGCUGAUGAUGAUAUAUUUAUUCACAUGCCAAAUCUUAUUGACUACCUUCAAGAUUUGGAACAGAUUGGCGUUCGAGACUUUUGGAUUGGUCGUGUUCAUCGUGGUGCCCCUCCUAUUAGGGAUAAAAGCAGCAAGUACUAUGUCUCCCCUAACGUGUACCAGUGGCCAGCUUACCCUGACUACACUGCUGGUGCUGCCUACGUCAUCUCCGGCGAUGUGGCUUCCAAAGUCUAUGAGGCAUCACAGACACUGAAUUCUAGUCUUUACAUAGAUGAUGUGUUCAUGGGCCUCUGUGCCAAUAAAAUGGGGAUAGUGCCACAGGAGCAUGUGUUUUUCUCUGGUGAAGGAAAGGCUCCUUAUCACCCUUGCAUCUAUGAAAAGAUGAUGACCUCCCAUGGACAUGUACAAGACCUUCAGGACCUCUGGAAGGAGGCUACAGAUGCUAAAGUGAAAAAUACUUCCAAAGGUUUCUUUGGUCAGAUAUACUGCAGGUUAGUUAAGAUAGUUCUCCUUUGCAGACUGACCUAUAGGGAUACGUAUCCUUGCAGGGCUGCAUUUGCCUAAUAGUACUUGAAUACUACAGUGUGUUCACUGUCACUGAGCCAAACUUGGAUGGAAAAUCUCUAAAUGUUUGCCUAUAACCUAAGUAAGCUGAAUUGAGAGACAAAGAGAUAAAACCCAGGGCAUCGAUAUAUUUCCGUGAUUACAGAAACUAUUCAAUGUGACAUCUAAUUCAUAGCUUAUAUUCAUUACCGGGAAUUCAUAUUUUAAAAAGAUUUACAUUAAGAGCAAAACUAAAGCAAAAUUCAAGUUCUCAUUUAAUGUCACCUAUAUGUUUGAGGUGUGGAAAACUGUUGAGAAGCUGGUGUCAAAAUGAUGGCUGUGGAAAAUAACAAGCAAAUGUUUAAUUUAGCAUUUCUAAGAAAUUAAUAUAUUUUUAGAACAGGUAUUCCAGUUUAUUUUUAUUAAAGAGCACUUGGAGGUGGUGGAAGCAGGCGGCAUAGGAGAAAAUACACAAAUCUUACUCUGACGAGGAAUAUAGGAAAAUGUCUACAAUUUCACUAUAAACAGUUAAAUCACUUAAUGGUGACACUCUAGCUAUUUAUCUAGAUAAUGUUAGCAUUAUUUAAAAUAUGUUUGUAUAUUGUUCUCAAAGUUUAAUGUGAAAUUUGAGGAAAGUCGUUACCUUGACUCUACCUGGUACUUUAUGUGGGUCUUCUCUCCUAAAAUUAUAACUCCGUGUUGCCCAUGGGUCCUUCUCUGGAGAGAAAUCAUUGUCAAUUCUAAGCUGAUUUUAAUUUAAUGAAUUAUUCAGUUGGUUGUAGAAUAUUAAAUACUGAUCUGUGUUUAAGGUAAUUGUUUGAAUACUGUUACAUAAUGAAACAUAAUAAUGGAAGAGACUUCGAAAGGAAGGAGAGCCAGAGAUGUAACUCAGAACAUCAAAAAGAAAAAGGAAAUCAAAAACUUCUUUCCCUUAGCUUGUAAAAUAUUAUGUUGAUGUCAGAAUUGUUGAACUCACAGCUAAAAUCAGCUCACAGCUUACCAGCAGGAUCUCACAGACCGUGGCAUUUCGUUCCCUGUAUACAGUUUCUGAGCUUUGAAUCUGCUCUAAUAUCUAAAACAAUUCAUUCCUUGGCUAUUGGUUUAUCUUUUAAAUAUUUCAGACUUGGAAGCAGAAUAAAAGUGGUAGAGAAAUGGA